CCGUCGGCAGCGCCCGAGCCCGCCGCGUCGCUCUGCCCUUUAGCCGCGGCCGGAGGCGCCGCCGCUCGAGCGAGCCUCUCUUGCCGGCCGAGCCCAGCUUUCCCGGGGCGGCAGGUGCGGGGGUGGCGCGGCUUCAGACUCGGCCGCGACUGGCGGGCGGCUCUCCCCGGAGGGUCUCGGCGGCGGCGCAGCCAGCGGGAAAGCAGCUCCGUGCCGGCCGGCCGCCUCCCUCGCUCCCCGAUGUGCCCCCGGCGGAAGCCCCGGCCAGCGGCGGUGCGCGCCUGAAGCAGACGGGCAGCUGCGCCGGCGAGUCCCGCUCCCUUCCAGGCAUCGGAGGUGUUGAUGGGGAAGAGGUCGGAUGACCGCGGGGACUGUGGUCAUCACCGGCGGAAUAUUAGCAACUGUCAUAUUACUGUGCAUUAUAGCUGUUCUCUGCUACUGCAGGCUCCAGUAUUAUUGUUGCAAGAAGGAUGAGUCGGAAGAGGACGGCGACGAGCCCGACUUCCCUGUGGAUUCACACAUUCCCCCCCUGCACUGCAACCGUAACGUGGCUCUGACCAACGGCCCUUCCUUGUACCGCUCCCCCUACAAGAAGCCCUCCCAGUCCCGGACUGGCUGCCCGAGCUGCUCCCAGUAUGAGCCUCCAACGUUCUUCCUGCAGGAGCCCGAAGAGGAAGUCCGCAACGGGGGUGACCUGGUCAACUACAAGGCCAUCAGCCAAGAAGACCUGGAGUUACCCAUCGGCCUGAGCGGUGGUCUCCAGGCCCUCAACCCCAACCGGCUCUCCGCCAUGCGCGAAGCCUUCUCCCGCAGCCGCAGCAUCAGCACGGAUGUCUGACCGGUCUGGCCAAAGAGGCCCCGUCCCCCCCUCGGCUCGCAGGCUUGGCUAAAGGCUGAAGGUAACUUCUGCUUCCCAGCCUCUUCCUCUCUCGUCUUGUAUGAAUGGGGCCAGGAGCACGGCUGUCUUGGUAGAGAUAAUCCAUUUUCUAACCCCGGUCAAAGGAGCUCUUCCUUUCUUCCUGUAGGUGAGGUUUUUGAUACAGGACAUCCUUUUGUAUGAAUAUGCAAACUGGUUUGCCACUCUUCAGCCUGCACAAAGUGUGGCCUCUGCUUUCCCCAAUGGGUGGGGGUGGGGAAGGAGGCUGGAACUGAGCCAGGGCCAGAUAUUUUUGCAAAUUGUUUAAUGCGAAUCCAACUAUUUUCCCCUCUUCCCUGCAGUGUCCCCGCCAUACAUUCAGUCUACUCUAUGAAAGCCUUGCACCUGCCCACCCCCUCGAGGGAGGCCCUCCCUUUCCCCUGGUUGCUUUCAAAGAGCUGUUUUGAAUGACAGAAGAAACAUGCCAGGAAUGUGGCCAGGACCCUGUCCACUAUGUCCAGCUUAGAUCUCAGCUUUAGUUUGGUCCUGGCCUGUUUUUUGUUGCUCAGUAAGGGUGGAGGGCUGCCAAGGACCAUGAAGAUGUUUGGUUGGCAGGGGGGGGGGGCAGGACUUUACCAUGUUUGAUCAGUGGUGUUGCCUGCUGUAGGACUUCCUCUAUCGCACCUGCAAUGAAACUCAUCAGUGGUUUUGCCAGCCAAACCAGAGGUGACUCUGCUGUGCUCUGGGCCUCUUGUUCUUUGUCCCCUGUCCCAGCUUCCCCUCUGAGUGUCCAGGAGGCAGACGCAGAGGGACGGUGGGCACAAGGCACUUCUGCGGGCACAGGGGCAUUCCUUUUCUUUGGGACAGAAAGGCUGCAGCUUGGAGCUCCUGGCAAUAAGAUUUAGUGCAGCGAUAUUGGCAGCCUGUUAGAGAAGGCAGCUUCCCUCAACCUGCCUCCAGGAAAGUGGGGGUCUGGCUAGAUGGGACAUCAGCAGGGAGAUGAGACUUAAAAGACAGCAGGACAGACUGCCUUCGGAGGCCACCUGAGAUAAAGAAGGCUAGUCCACACCACUCCUCCACCAGGCCUUUGGGUCUGGAGGCAGCAGUGGGAUGGAGACUGCCCCACAGUGCCCAGAGGAAAAUGGUUCCCCUGUGGGAUCUGACCAUGUGCUCAGGUAGCUUGUAAAACUGGCACUCACAAGUUAGGUGCUGGGGAUGAUGGGAAGAACCCCAGGCUGGGCAGUUUGAGUUCAACCUAUUCAACCUCCUCUGGAGCGGGCACAGGGCAUGAGAGCCCAAGAGGCAAAGGGCCAUCUGACAAGGAGCAGAAACGGGUGCCAGUUCAGAGACAAGUCAAUAGUGUCACUGAUCCAGGUGGGCUUUUUCCAUUUAAUUUGAAAUUAAUGUUCAUGUCUUGCUUUGGCUGCAUCCAAUAAAAUGCAUUCAUGUUGGUCUUCGGUGAUCUGUAACUAGUUGCUGCUUCCAAAAAACUAUUUUGUAUAAUUCUUAAAAUUCGUAUUGGUUUCAGUGGCACUCUUAAAAAGGCUACAGUUUGUUGCUUAUAAGUAUGGCUAUUUAUUUUUCCCCUUUAUAUAUCUUUGAAAUAAAUUCAAACUAUUUCGUGAAUUUUCAUUUACCUUUACUUGUGAUAAACAUGUAUAGGACUUCUGGAUUCCGAAAAUAAAAUAAAAAAACCUUACCUUGA